UCAGAUAAGAAUUAGUUAAAUCAAUUUCUAUUCUACAGAAAUCAGUCCCCCCUUUUUAGCCAAACCCAAUGUGCAGGAUGAAAUCUGCUGUAUAGGAUUGAGUAGUCCAGAUUUUAUUGUAUUAAGUGACGAUAAAGUCCAAGAUGGUGUAGUGUGACCAGUUAUUUAUUCUUAGAAUAAGCCAGACGAGUAGUCGGACUAGAUCCAACAUGGCCACUCGGUCGGGGCCAACCCCCUCCUCCUCUGUACUCAUGGUGGGACCAAACUUCAGGGUCGGAAAGAAGAUUGGUUGCGGAAAUUUUGGCGAGUUACGUCUGGGAAAGAAUUUGUAUAAUAAUGAACAUGUUGCCAUUAAACUAGAACCGAUGAAAUCUAAAGCUCCUCAACUCCACUUAGAGUACAGGUUCUAUAAACAAGUUGGAACUAUCGGAGAUGGUGUCCCUGAGAUAUUCUAUUUUGGACCUUGUGGAAAGUACAAUGCAUUGGUUAUGGAACUUUUGGGACCGAGUUUAGAGGAUCUAUUUGAUAUAUGCAACAGAAAAUUCACGCUGAAGACUGUACUAUCCAUAGCUAUUCAGCUCCUCACCCGUAUAGAGUUCAUUCACAGUAAACAUCUUAUUUACAGAGAUGUGAAGCCUGAAAACUUCCUGAUAGGACGAACGAGUAUGAAGAAGGAUAAAACCAUCUUUAUUGUGGAUUUUGGUUUAGCCAAGGAGUACAUUGAUCACGAUACAAACAAACAUAUACCAUACAGAGAGCACAAGAGUCUCACGGGUACUGCCAGAUACAUGUCAAUCAACACUCAUCUAGGCAAAGAACAAAGUAGGCGAGAUGAUUUAGAGGCUCUCGGACACAUGUUCAUGUACUUCCUUCGGGGAAAUCUGCCCUGGCAGGGACUGAAGGCGGAUACACUGAAGGAGAGGUACCAGAAGAUUGGAGAUACCAAACGUGCUACUCCAAUAGAGGUGCUGUGUGAAGGUUACCCGGAGGAGUUUUCCACCUACCUCAGAUAUGUCCGGAGACUCGACUUCUUCGAGACACCGGACUAUGAUUAUCUGAGGAAACUUUUCUUAGAUUUGUUUGAACGAAAAUCUUUCGUUGAGGAUGGAGAAUUCGAUUGGAGUGGACGCACAAUGAGUACACCGAACCAGGAUCCCUUGUCUCCAAAUAACCGUGAACGUGAACGUCACAAGACUGGAAGAACUGAAGGGAAAGGUACUCCGGCCUGGUCCGAGUCUAAACCCUCAGGAAUUGAUAUUCUGGGUGGAAGACUGGGGGGAGACAACAGACAUCCCAGUGUACAGGUUGUACGUGGUUCAACAAACCUAUCACGUGAUGACGAGGGGGCAACACAAGACCGGUCAAAUGCUCCAAUCACCAACACCAAUGAUCAAGAGCAGGAGGGUGAGACAAAAUGUUGUUGCUUCUUUAAGCGGCGGAUCAAGAAGAAGGCCGGCAGGUCAAAAUGACGUGUCGGUCAACCCAAACCCGAGCUAGGGGGGCAGGGGGUUCGUCGACCCACUCGUGGGGUUCAAAGUGCCCUCGUGGACUCCUCCUUCCCACCUUUAACUAAUUCUGACAGUGAUAGACUUCUACGCAGUCAAUCUUUUACUCGAUCUCGGCACACGCAUGCGCAGAACGCAGCUGUAAAUGCGCAUGCGCUGGACGCGUCACUUUACAAAGCUGGUCAAGAAACGUACAGUGCGUCCCAAUUUCCCGGGCAUGCAGAUAUAAAUGCUGAAAAUAUGACCGCUCCCAAGUUGAACGUGUGGUCAUGAAAACCAUAUAAAAUAGUGAAAUCAUCGAUGAGAUAAAAUUAAUAUAAAUAUCUAAUCUAACCGUUCUAUUCUAGCAUAAAAGUGUACUAGGCAAUGUGUGGAAAUGUAAAAAAAAAUUUAGUGAA